UCACCCAGCAUUGGAUCCUUUCUCCUUUGGGAACAAAAAAAAAAAAAAAACCCUUCAUUUUUCUCAGCCAAACUCAAAAAUGCCACCGGCUUUAUCACUUGCUAUUUCUCCGAGGAAGCUCCGAUCCGAUGUGUAUUCCUAUUCCUACCAGAGGGACUCCAGUACCCCGCUUGUUAUUUCUGUUCUUGCUUCGCUAAUUGAGAGAACCAUGGUCAGAAACGAGAGACUUGUGAAGGAUUGCAGCUCGUUGGAAUUGACGAGAGAUGCAAGAACCAGAGUCUUUGAUUGCCACAAGACGCCGGACAUGACCAUUCAGUCCUACCUCGAGAGAAUUUUCAGGUACACCAGAGCCGGACCGUCGGUUUACGUCGUGGCUUAUGUGUACAUUGAUCGGUUUUGCCAGGGGAAUCCUGUGUUUCGAAUCAAUGCGAGGAAUGUACACAGGUUUCUCAUCACAGCAAUCAUGGUGGCUUCCAAAUAUGUGGAAGACAUGAAUUACAGAAAUUCUUACUUCGCUAGAGUAGGAGGAUUAACCACAUAUGAAUUGAACAAAUUGGAGCUCGAGUUCUUGUUCUUGAUGGGUUUCAAAUUGCAUGUGAAUGUUAGUGUUUUCGAGAGCUACUGCUGUCAUUUGGAGAGGGAAGUGAGUGUUGGAGGAGGAUACCACAUUGAAACAACUCUAAGAUGUGCGGAGGAAAUCAAAUCAAAGCAAAAUGAAGAUAGAAGAUACAAUCAAAUUGCUCGAAUUAUGUUGUAGAUGAUGAUGAUGAUCACAAUUGGUCAAAGAGGCGGACUUUGAUUCUUUGAUCUUCUUCUCCCAUUUUUGGGUUCUUGUGUACAGAUUGAUGGACUAAGCAAGUUCUGUUCCUUGGAAUUUAGCAACUCCGCAAGCAAAAAACAUGGCAAGCUAGAUUUUAUUUUAUUUUUUAAUUUUAACAAUACAGAGGAAGCUACAAUGUUAUAAAAUCUUGACUUUUGU